AUGACGACUAGAACCAGGGUGUACUCCGUGUCGAACAUAUACAACGAUGUCAACAACAACAAGCCGUCGGAGUACUGGGACUAUGAGAACCACAAAAUCGUAUGGGGCGAUAUCAAAAACUACGAAAUCGUGAGUAAGAUAGGCCGGGGCAAGUACUCCGAGGUGUUCCAGGGCCUAAACGUUCUCAACGACGAGCCGUGUGUCAUCAAGGUGUUGAAGCCCGUCAAGUUGAAGAAGAUUUACCGGGAAGUCAAGAUUUUGCAGAACCUAACCGGCGGCCCCAACGUAGUUGGUCUUCUAGACGUUGUGCGGGAUGAGCAGUCCAAAAUACCGGCGUUGAUCUUUGAAAAAGUCAACAAUGUCGACUUCCGAGUCUUGUACCCCAAAUUCACGGUGAAGGAUAUCCAGUACUACUUCACCCAGCUAUUGAUUGCCCUAGAUUACUCGCAUUCGAUGGGGAUCAUCCAUCGCGAUGUCAAGCCGCAGAAUAUCAUGAUUGAUCCCAUGAAUAAGAAGCUCAGGUUGAUCGAUUGGGGGUUGGCCGAGUUUUACCACGCGGGGAUGGACUAUAAUGUGCGGGUUGCUUCUCGAUACCACAAGGGGCCCGAGUUGCUAAUAAACCUACAACAGUACGACUACUCGCUAGACUUGUGGUCGGUGGGGUGCAUGUUGGGGGCGAUAAUAUUCAAGAAGGAGCCGCUUUUCAGGGGCGACUCCAACAACGACCAGCUCGUGCAGAUUGCAAAAGUGUUGGGAACAGAGGCGUUGAUGAGGUAUGUCAACAAGUACGGUCUCAAGCUCAGCUCGGAUUACGAUGACAUCUUGGGCAAUCACUCCAAAAAGCCAUGGAAGGCGUUUAUCAAUAAUGAGAAUCGUCAUUUGAUCAGCGAAGAAGCAUUGGAUUUGAUAGACCGGCUACUUCAAUACGACCACCAGCUUAGACCGACGGCGAAGGAGGCAAUGAACCAUCCAUUUUUCAAAUUGUAA